AUGAAGCUUAUUGUUUUAACUAUUAGCAUGCUGCUUUUAAACUUUUGUGUGGAUUGCUUAAGAGUUUUCGCUACUUUACCAUAGAUUAUAGUGGAGACUAACGAUAUUAUUAAAAGCACUUUAACAAAAUCUGAAAUGAAUCCUGCUUAUCCUAACUUCUUUUUUUUGACAUUUUAAGGGGCAGAGUUUGCAGUUGUAAACUAAAAAGAUUACUCAAUAAUUGGUAGGAUAAAAGGAAACAUUGUUAAUGCGAUAGUCAAAACCAAUUUUAUUUAUAUAUAAUAUAUGGAUAAUUAUAUUUCCAUUGUUAAAUUAGAAACAAAGUGGAAAUAAUUAAGUUCAGUGAGCAAAUUUGAACCACAAAUAGGUAUUAAUUGCUUUGAUGUUUUAGAUGAUGAGUAAUAUAUGUUAAUCGCUAAUCAUGGCAGUAUAUUAGUAAUAUCUCUUCACUCUAAGCUAAAUCCUUAUGUAAUAAAUUAAGUAGGACCAACUUUGAAAGUAGAAACAGCUUGGAUUUCAAUAAAUUACCCAUAUUUAGUACUAGCCAAUAAAGGAAAAAACCUUGGAGUCUUUGAUUUUUCAAAAUCUAUUGAGUAAAUGAGCUUUCUUACUCAAAUUUCCCUAAAAAAUUCUAGUUAUAUUACUACUUUCAUGAAUUAUAAUGACAAAACAUAUUUGUACUCUUAUUGUAAAUAUUUAGGAGUUAUAACUUAUGAUUUUACUAUGUUAUACAAUGAUAAAAAUUAGUUUAUUAAUAUGGUUAAAUAGUAUAAUGAUUAAAAAAUUACGAUUAAUGUUAUGGAGAUGCAAGGAACAGUUAACAGUUUUGCUGUUUCUCAUAAGUAUAAUUAGCUAUUUAUGUCUAUCAGAUCAAAUGGUAUUUUUAUUUAUGAGCAGUAGCCUAAUAAUUUGAGAUUUGUAUAGUAAAUUUUGUCAAAUGAUCUCUCCAAUUAUGUCAGCUUCUCUGAUCUUGAUGAAAAUUUUGUUCUUCUUGCAGAUGGAAUUAACUUAAAGAUAUUUUGUUCGCAAUAAUUUGAUCAGCUUAGUGAACCAAACUCGUUAAACGUGUUUAACUUAAAUUAGAAUUAAAUAUUGUUAUAAAAUUUUACAAUGAAUCAAUAAACAGAUCGAGGAAACAUUUACUACGAUUCUAAUAAAUAAUUGAUAUUUAUAAGUAAUAAAACAAAUAUUUUAAUAUACUAAAAUGAAGAUAUCCAAUAGCCCUAUUCAAACUAUAGAACUUUAACUGAAAAAAAAUACACUAUUGUUUAUUUCAUAUACUUAAAACUAGGCUAUUUUGUUGCAUUGCGAAAUCCUGAAAAGAUAACAUUUUAUUAAAUUAACUAUUAAUCAUCAACUACUUAUCCUUAAUUAAAUUUGUCUUGUCCUAAUUGUGAAUUUUCGAGCUUAAGUGUCAGCUAUGAUGAAAGUAUUUUGUUUGUAGUAACUAAGUACUCAAUAUUAGUAUAUGAUUUAAGCUCUUUAAGUUAAAUUAAUAAAAGUAAUCCAAAAUUAUUACUCAAUUAUUCUCCAGAAGGAUUAUCUUCAAGCGCGUAUCUAGACUACUUAAAGCUUCACUGGAGCAAUAAAUUAGGUUUUUAUUCGCUUAAGAACUAUGCGAUUGUCUUUUUCAACUUUAAAAAUGAUUAUUAAACUGCUGAGAUUUAAAUUGUUAAAUAAUUUCUUGUUUAAGAUAUUGAGUAUUUUGAUUUUGAUAAACGAAAUUUUAACUAUCUUAUUAUAUGCAGUGGCACAAAAGGAAUAAUAAUUUUUGAUUGUUUUGGGAUUGAAAAUGGAUAACUCCCUUAGUUUGCACAUUAAGUGAGUAUUAAUGGCUGGACUGCUAAUUUUGAUUAACCUGGGACGAAACCCAAUAUUAUUUUAACCAAUUAAAGUUAAGGAGUCUAAAUAUCAGUUAUAAAUAUAGAAAAUAUUUUGGAAUCAGCAGUAGAGUAUUAAAUAAAUAUUUCAAAUGAUGAAAUAAUUUACUAAUCUAUAUUUUUUAGCUAAAAUUCUGAUGGAUUUUUAGCUCUUUCAACAAACAAAGGGUUUAGAUAUAGCACUGUUACAAAACCAAUUAUUUUGUAUUAUUUCUUGAUGAAACAAUCUUAAAUAAAUAGAAUUAAAACAUUUAAUGAGUAGCAAGUGCUCUUAAGAUCCUUUCAAUUUGACAAUAGCUCAUAUAAUGUAGAAGUAAAAGAAAAUAAGCUUAUUAUUUAGGUCAAUGAUGUUUCAGAAAUUAGAAUUUCUCCUAUCUUGUCAAGCUCUUAGAUUAAAUUUAAUAAUAUCUUUCUUUAUCAAAACUAUGAAAAAAUUGCUCCUCCUGAAUGGCUGACUUACUAAGAAAAAGAUUUGCUUAUUAAAAUUCAACCUCCAAAGGAAGUGCUUAAUAGCAAUAGAGGAGAGAUAACUAUUGUUCUUUAAAUUUAUCAAAGUAUAACUCCAAACUACUUCACUAAAGUUAUUUAUAUUAACUCAGCUUAGAGCUAACAAAUUUAUUAGUUGCUUGCUAAAAACUCUAUGAUUGAUCAGUAGGGAAUGUUUUUAAACAAAAAUUUUUAUUAAUUUACCUAUUUAGAAGGAGAUAUCAAAUAAAUUUUGUCAAAUUUAUCACCAACAUAGCUUAGUAUAGCAAUAGAUUUAAUCAAAUUUUCUUAUUACUCCUUGUAGUAUUAAUAUCCAAUAUAACUUAAAGUGAUACCUUCUCUAUCAGUAAAUCUUUUUAAUUAAGAUAAAAUUGAAACUUUGGAUGCUGCUUGUAAAGUAAAAAUAAAAAUUUUGAGCCAAGCAAGUUAAAGUGUUAAGCUUUUUGGAGCAAACUCAUAAGAUACCAUUCAAGUGAGUAAUUUUGUAGAUUUUACUGGAGUUUUUAUACUAGGAAGUCAAUAGUAAAUAAAUUAUUACAUAGAUAAAUCUUUAUUUUAUGGGAUACCUUAUAAUUCUACUAUAGAAGAUUAUGAUCCGUAAAUAAGAUUUGAAGCUUAAGACAGUUUUAACUUCCCUGUAACUUAUGCUACCUAACUAAUCAAUUUACAAUAUAUUAACAGAAUAUAGCCAAUAGUUUAGCAAAUUUCCCUUUAAUCGCAGUACGAUGAGUAGUAUUCUUCAGGACUUACAGUGCAAUAAGAUUUUUCAAUUUAAUUUUUAAUGAAUUCAUUCAAAAAUUCUAAUUUUAUCCCAAUAUCAUACAAAGCCUACUUAUUACAUGAUGAAUCAAAUUAUUUAUAUCAGGAACAAAUAUGCACAAUCUCUUGUAGCUAUUUCAAUUGGAUUCAGUUUGAUGCUUAGAAUUUGAAGAUUUAUGGAUAGGCAGGUUUUAUUAGGUUUAAAAAAAAAUAUAAAGUUCUCAUAGAAGCAUCUGAUUAAUUUGGGAGUAUUAGUGAUAGCUUUGAAAUUUAAUUUAACAAUUUACCUCUUUCGCUGAUUUUGAUUCUAGUUUUUUUAUCAUUAGUCAUUCUUAUUAGUUUAAUUUUGAUAUACUUUUUGAGAAAAAGAAUCCAUAAAAUAACUGCUUUCUAUUCCUAUACACAUUCUAAAAUUGAAGUAAUGGUAAAGUAAAAGUAUUAUAAAUGCAUAGUGUGUGCACCAAAUAUUCUAAAAUCAGCCAGAAUUAUGUUUUUUUUACUCAAAAAAGAUUUCUUUCAAAACCUUAAUCAAAAUACAAAAAAGAAACAAAAAAAAUAAAUUCUAAAUAAAUAAUUUGCAGAGUGCUAUUUUAACGAAUAGGGAAACCUGGAUAAUUAAAAAUUAAAUUCAAGAUUAAUUCAUAUUUUUAAAGUGAAUAAGCAAAAAUUUCCACAAAUUUAGUUAACAAAUAUAAUUUAAAGCAAUUCUAAUUUUAAGAUAGCUAUUUAUAGUCUCCUCUCAUAAGAGCUCCUGGUUAACUCUGAUGCCAAACAAAUAUACAAUUAUUUGAAAAAGGAAGUAAGAAAAAGUAAUAAAUAUCUCGAUUGGUAUAAAGAGUUACUUGAAAUUGAUGAAGAAAAAUUUAUUCAGGAUAAAAAAGAUAUAUUUGAGAGUAAGUAAGAUAUGUCAGAAAGACAGUUUGUUGCUUAUCCUGAUAUCAAACUAAAUAGACAGAAAGUAGAAUAGAUAAUUUAGGAUUAAAAAAAAAUAAUGACUUUAUUUUAAGAUUAAAAAUUGGUAACUAUCGUAGAAAACGCUUUAAAGUCAAACUACUACGGGUAUGAUUUAAGUACAUAAUUAAAAGAUUGGAGAAAUUGUAUAGGAGAAACACUGCACACUAAAGCAGACAGAAUCAACGAAAUAGAAAUAUUUGAAAAAAUAUAUAAUAUUUCGAGUAUUAAAUAGAUAUUAUGUUUCCCUUUUAUAAAGGAAAGAUUUUAUUGUAAUUAUAAAAAUAUCUGUUAAAAUAAAAUUUUAAACCCAGACUAAAAAUUACCUAGGUGGAUUUAGGUUUUAGUUACUAACAAUUAAAUUCUAAUCAAACUUUCGCCAAAACGUGCCAGUGUUGGUGAAUACAUAAUUACCUUCAAAAACUCGAAGGGAUACACAGUAUAUUCGUUUGGUGUAUUGCUCAAAUUCCCUAAAUCUCCAUAAAUGACUUAUCAUGCAACAAAUUAAAACAACAACGAAUUUAAUUAAAUUGAGAUGAAAAAGUAAGUAUAAAUUUCUGAAGAAGAAAGUGUUGAAGAUGAUGAUAGUCACUAAGAAAGAAAGAAAAAAUCUUAGAAUUAAAUUGUUAUAGAUUUAAGAAAAAUUAAAUAAGCAGACAGCAAAAAUAUAGACACUUAGACUUAUCUACAAACUCAAAAUAAUUAAUCCCCUAAUUCUAAGUUUAAUUUGAGAUUAUAAUCUAUAAAUUUAUUAUAAUAAAAUUCUCUCUAAAACUUUCGCCGAGGAUCUAUUUAAUCUGUUGAGCAGCUCUAAAAUGUCAGCUUGAUAAAUUUAGAAAAAAUAGACUAUUAUUAGACUAGCUAAAAUGAAAUUAAUGAAGGUAUUAAUACUAUUUAAAGCUAAAAAUAAUUCUUGGGCAGAGACGUACGACACAAAAAUCCCUUUUGA